CCCAGCGGCAUGCCAGUGCCCCCUGGGCGCGAUGGCUAGCGGCAGCGCUGGGAAGCCCACUGGCGAGGCGGCUUCUCCGGCUCCUGUGAGUGCCGUCGGUGCGGCCAGCUCGCAGCCACGGAAGAGGCUGGUGUCGGUCUGCGACCACUGCAAAGGCAAGAUGCAGCUGGUGGCUGACCUGCUACUACUGUCCAGCGAGGCCCGGCCAGUGCUCUUCGAGGGCCCCGCCUCCUCUUGUGCUGGUGCGGAGUCCUUUGAGCAGUGCCGGGACACCAUCAUUGCGCGCACCAAGGGGCUUUCCAUUCUCACCCAUGAUGUGCAAAGCCAGCUUAACAUGGGCCGAUUUGGAGAGGCUGGGGACAGUCUAGUGGAGCUGGGCGACCUGGUGGUGUCGCUGACCGAGUGCUCAGCCCACGCUGCCUAUCUGGCUGCGGUGGCCACCCCAGGCGCACAGCCUGCUCAGCCGGGCCUAGUGGAUCGCUACCGCGUGACACGCUGUCGCCACGAGGUGGAGCAGGGCUGCGCGGUGCUAAGAGCCACCCCACUGGCCGAUAUGACCCCGCAGCUGCUGCUGGAGGUGUCACAGGGCCUGUCGCGAAACCUCAAAUUCCUGACGGACGCAUGCGCCCUAGCCAGUGACAAAUCACGGGACCGCUUUUCACGCGAGCAGUUCAAGCUGGGCGUCAAGUGCAUGAGCACCAGUGCAUCGGCGCUGCUGGCCUGCGUAAGGGAGGUGAAGGUGGCACCCAGUGAACUGGCGCGUAGCCGCUGCGUGCUCUUCAGUGGGCCCCUGGUGCAGGCUGUGAGCGCACUGGUGGGCUUCGCCACCGAGCCGCAGUUCCUGGGUCGCGCGGCCGCUGUGAGCGCAGAGGGCAAGGCGGUGCAGACCGCCAUCCUGGGUGGUGCCAUGAGCGUGGUGUCAGCCUGCGUGCUUCUGACCCAGUGCCUCAGGGAUCUGGCGCAGCACCCCGAUGGGGGCGCCAAGAUGUCGGACCACAGGGAGAGGCUGAGGAACUCGGCCUGCGCCGUGUCUGAAGGCUGCACCCUGCUAUCUCAGGCUUUAAGAGAGAGGUCUUCACCCAGGACUUUACCGCCAGUAAAUUCCAAUUCUGUGAAUUAGCAACACCCCCCUCCACCCCAUGCCCUUUCUUCUACCCCAGCCUAAAGGAAGACACUUAUUCUCUGCCCCUCUCCAUUUAUACCAAAGAAAUCAUAGGUGAAACACCCCCCCCCCACCACCAUGUUAAUUGCCCAAGAAGAAUCUUCCAGAAGUCAGGGCCACGCACACAACUCACAUGCACCGAAGAACCCAGGUGUCAAGCGGCCCAUACAGGAGUGGGGAGCAGAAAAUGGGUAAUCUGCUGAUUGUGGUUUUACCCCUACACCCCACCCCUGUCCGUCAACUGAAUUUUAUUAAUUGGGCAGGAAGGAGGUCAUGGGUUCAUUUCUUCUUUUUUAUUUUAAUUAAAAGAAAGGUUACCUCAGUUUCACUCUUUAGACAUGGAUGUAGCUACCUUUUUUUUUUUUUUUUGUAUGUUAUUUUUUUAAGCAAUUGUGUUGAAUUAGGAGUAUACUUGGUGUGGAAAGAGUAUGACUUUGCCAUGUGAUUUGCAAAUGGGGGGAAAGCUACUGUGAGCGUGUUUUAUUUUUUAAUUUACACCAUAGAGUGAUUUUUUUCCCCCAGUGUCAAGUUUUUACCUUGCAUGUACUGGAGUAUUUAUUUCAUCUAUUAAAAUGUUAUGUUUCUCAGA